AAUUUCUUGUUGCGCUGCAUUCUGCACUCACUCAUCGGUAGUCGAGCAAGCGGCCAAGUACAAGUACACCAAAGUACAAUUGAACUCUGUGCAAUAAUAGUUAUGUACUAAAGUGGCAGUGAUUGUUAUUUAAGCUUUGAUAUUGUUGUUGUUGUAUCCGAUACCAGAAAGACAAACGGACAUCGAGAUGGCAGAGGAAAGCUUACAUCUUCCGAGCGAUGACAACCGCAGCAUCGACUAUCAUAUCGUGACACUCUUGGAUAAGAUCGAAACAAUGAGAUCGGAUAACUUAAACACUAAAAAAAAAGUCAAGGUACCAAUACAGAUCGAAAUACGCACUCUGGAGUUCUGGAGAUCGGUGACUUGCGAGUGUCUGGCCUCCUUCAUCUACGUGCUGAUCGUCUGUGGUGCAGCCGCAGGCUCUGGAGCUGGAGCAUCUCUAUCUUCUGUUCUCCUGGCCACCGCGCUUUCGGCGGGCUUCUGCAUGACCACUCUCACGCAAUGCUUUGGACACAUAUCAGGAGCUCACGUAAACCCAGCCGUUUCCAUAGCCAUGGGCAUCACCAAGAAGAUUUCCGUGCUGAGGGCUUGCAUGUUCGUACUCUCCCAAUGCGGAGGAGGCAUCGCCGGAGCAGCUUUCCUCUAUGGAGUGACAGUUCCUGGUUAUCAAGGAAACUUGGCUGCAGCCGUUGGACACACAGCAAGCGUAGCCGCAUGGGAACGUUUCGGCGUUGAAUUUAUCUUGACGUUCGUCAUUGUCCUCACGUACUUCGUUUCCAUGGACACCUCUAGGAGAUGGACGAAUAAUGCGGGCAUCACCAUAGGCGCCGCUUACACGGCUUGUACUUUUGUUUCUAUGCCGUACCUAAAUCCGGCGCGAUCUUUGGGUCCUGCCUUCGUCCUCAACAAGUGGGAUAACCACUGGGUGUACUGGCUAGGCCCUUCAGUCGGUGGAGCUGUUUCCGGCAUAAUCUACGACUACAUUCUAAAUCCCCGCAGAGAGAAACCUACCAAGGAGGUUUCUGAUGGCGACUCCUCUAGCAUCCACUCUGACGAAGACACCUACGAUGAUUUAGAUAAACCUGCUGCGCCAAAAUUUCACGGGUCUACGUAUAAUACAUACAGGCCAACAGCUGCCCCACCCGCAAAUAUAACAUCCGCUUUCCUCUAUCCUCCAACUAAAUUAGAAAGAGUAGAAUCACUCUAUGGUGGUACCAAAUCCCUCUGCUGCAAAUCGCCACCAUUGACUAGAGCUAAUCUAAACCGUUCACAGUCAGUUUACACCAAAUCUAAUAGCGCCAUCAACAAGGAUACAUCGACUCUACCAAGGCCCGGGCCAUUAGUACCUACUCAGUCUUUAUAUCCUAUGCGCUUGAAUCAACCAAACCAAAGCCACGUACAGAACCAGAACGUACAAAACCAAAUGCAGACUCAACGAUCUGAAAGUAUCUACGGUGUCCGCGGAGUAACCCCAGGAACAUCAUCGAGAAGCGAGACAUAUGCUUCGACCAGGGAAACAGAACGGCCUUACCCUUCAAGGAGCAAUUCGGAAGAUCAAAAACCGCAAAGACCUAGACCGGAUUCCGUAUACGGUAUAGUCGGAACUCAAGGUAGAAGAGGACAAUCCACUGCAUCGGAUGACGCUAAUUACGGACCGUACCAUAGCACAAACCAAAGGAAUACUGCAAGCGCCAAUGCACCAUACAAUGCUUCUAAUAAUUACCCCAGCAAGCCGGGAACCAACCCCACUUAUGCUACAAGACAGGAAGUAAGACAGUCGCCGCAGAAUCAACCAUUAGCUCAAGCCAGCAAUCCGCCUCCGAAUUACCAUCACACCCUCCCUCAGCACUCCCCGAAUCCUCAAUACUAAAAUGUCAAUGAAGGGUGUACAAUAACAAUAUAACAAACUGUAUUAUCAGCAGGUAUUCGUUGCUAUAGGUGUUUGUUAGUCAUGCGAAGCGCUUGUAUUACAUGCUAUACUGGAAAUUGAUGUAUCGAUGAAAAUGUAUGAGAAAAGUUUAAAAUAAGUUUGCGGAUGAUUUCCCCACAGACGUUGAGUUUUUCAUUAGACGCUUCAUCGUCAUAUAUGUUUAUUGUUGAGAAUGCGCUAGGGAUUGCUGAAACCUGAUCAUUACAGUCAGUGUUACGAGAGGAAUCUUUAUUUUCUUUGUAUAUAUUUUUCUACCUCCAAACAAGUUUCCCUUCCUUUCCUAUACUUAAAGACAAACAAAAAAAUCUACCCAGACGUUUCUGGUCUCCAAAGAAUAUUA